GGACGGAGGCGGCGGCGGGAAGGGUCCCCCAAAACUACCCCCCCCCCCGCCCGCCCCAUCCCAUCAUGGCGGUGGAGCCAGAGCCCAUGGCGAGGUGGGACCCCGAAACGGACGUGGACCCCGAUGUCAGCGAGCAGGAGCUGGACCCCACGGCAGCCGAGAGGUGCCCCGUGUCCCCGGAACAGGACCCCAAAACAUUGAAGCGGGACCCAGUGUCCCCAGAAAGGGACUUUGCUGAGACAUUGGACUCGAAAGUGAGGAAACAGGACCCCAAAAUGUCCAAACGGGACCACAUGUCCCUGAAGUGGGACCAUAAACUGUCAGAGAGGGACCCCGUGUCCCCCACAAGGGACUCCACAAAGGAGGGGGACCCCCUCUUCCUCGAGGGCUGCCCAGAGGGGCUGGGGUCCCAGCGCUGGCGCCCUGAAACUGGCCCCUGGGGGCGUCCCCGCCGCCCCCCUGCCCGCACCCGCCUCCGCAACCGCCGCUUUGCUGCCCUGCGACAGCUCAUCAAAGAUGGCGAGUACUUCAGCGAGGAGGAGAUGCGGGCGCGGGAGCCUCUGCUCUACCAGCACUACAUCGGGCAGUACCAGGGGGCUGAGCCAUUCCCGGGGGAACCCCCCAGACCCUCCCACUUAUUGGGGGGCCCCUCCGGACACCCCUCUCUGACAGGGCUGCUGCUGCGCUCAGUGGAGGAGGCGGCUGUGCAGCAACGUCUGCACCGGCAGCGCCUGCGGGACGGCGACAGCGGAGAUGAGGAGGGGGAUUCAUCCCCAGACCCCCACAUCCCCGACGCAGCCGAGCGGGCGAUGCUGCGGGAGGAGUUCACCAGCCGCAUGUACCAGCGCUUCCUGGACGGGGAGGAUGGAGACUUCGACUACAGCCAAGUGGAUGAAAACCCCGACCUGGACAACCUGGACAUCGUCUCACGCGACGCUGAGGAGCGAUACUUUGACGAGGAGGAGCCCAGCACUGCCCCCCAGCUCGAGUAGGGUGUUCCCACCCCCCACAACCCCCCCUGAACAACCAGCACCAUAGCUGGUGCUAUGGGGCUGCGGGUGGGGACACGACUGGGCCAGGACUCUGGGGUCCUCUCUGCGUCGAGGUGUUUGGAGCAGGGGCGGGGGCUGUAAACUCACACCCUAUUUAUCAUUGCCGUGGCGGGGGGGGGGGGGGGGGCCAUGAGUCAGCCCCAGGCGUGGGGGGUAUCACCUCAUGCUCCCCCCCCGAGCAAUUUGCAGGCGUCUGCGGUUCCACAGCUCCUCCCAGUGCCCCCAGGAGCCCGUGUCUGCAGCUCAUGGGGGGGGGGGGGGUCCCCAGUGAUCUGGACCACCCACAAUAUAUGACUACAUCUUGGAGUGGGGGUGUCCUGAGGGAUCUGGACUCCCCCCUGCCCCUCCAUGAGUCGCCAGGGGUGGCCAUUGGUCCCGGGUCACCACAUCCCCCCUUGUGUCCCCCCUGUCCCCGGGGGGGGACACCCUGUUUCCUGCCCCCCCUCCCCCGGAAGGAUAAAUUUAGCCUGUCCUGGGGCCCUUCCGCCCCCACGGGGUCUGCACAACACCGGGGAGGCGCGGGGAAACACUGGCAAGAGCACGGUGGGAGGUGGAAAUGGGGCUGGGGGGGCUGCAAAGGAGGAGCCAUCACAAACCUGUGUGUCCUUCUAGGUCCCUGCUGCAGCCCCCCCCCCCCCCCUCCCAUUUCUCCCCCUCACCACUUCUGCUCCCCUCCCAGUUUUCCCUCCUCAUUCCCCCCCUGCCAUUUCUCCUCCCACUCUCCCCCCCCCCGCCAACCAAAAAAAAAAGCAGAAGUUGAGUCAAAACAACCCCUAAAUAAAGGAAGAACCGGCUGAAAAAUUAAAUAA